UUGCUGCAGGCGGAGACGGCACGGUUGCAGUGGCGGAAAGUUUUCCUGUCUUUUUUCUUCGUCUUUUAAUGGUGGCUCUUUCCGAUUGAGUCGAACGCGGGAGAUUAAAGCGGAGCCUCGGUCGUGGAUUAAGAACGUCCCCCCUUUGGAAUCGACCCCCAGUUCACUCCAAUUUUUGUGUGUGUCUGCCCCCCCCCCCUUGGAAGCCGUUGGGUUUUUCCGCCUUCGCCUAGUUUGGAAGCGACUUCUUCCGUGGGGAUUGUGAUUAAGAAGCUCUUCCCGUUCUCAACGGUGUUUGUUCAACAAGGUCUCCUUGAUUCGAUAGCCCUCGGGUCAAGAGCCUUUUUCUUGGUGGGAAGCUCCGCCCUUGUCGGGGCUGCUGGAUCUAGAGUCUUCCUCCUCCCGUCCUCGGCAGGGGUAUUCGAUUAGGUGCCCCCCCCCCUCCGCCUGCUGAGCUUUCCCCUGCUGGUGUGAGAUAUAUGCUUGAAGAGAGAGCCGUCGACCCCCCCUUGUGUCUUCUCCACGCGCAGCCAUGUCUGCGGCUAUCUCGGCCGCGGAGAAAGUGGAUGGCUUCACGCGGAGAUCGGUGCGCAAGGCUCAGAAGCAGAAGCGAUCGCAGGGCUCCUCGCAGUUCCGGACGCAGAGCAGCCCAGUAGAGCUCGCCCCGCUGCCUCAGCUUAAAGAUGCCACCUCAAAUGAACAGCAAGACCUCUUUUGUCAGAAGCUGCAACAAUGUUGUGUAUUGUUUGAUUUCAUGGACUCUGUCUCAGACUUGAGGAGCAAAGAAAUUAAAAGAGCGACGCUGAAUGAACUGGUGGAAUAUGUUUCAACAAAUCGUGGUGUGAUUAUUGAAUCAGCAUAUUGUGAUAUAGUGAAAAUGAUUAGUUCUAAUAUCUUCAGAACACUCCCACCAAGUGAAAAUCCAGAUUUUGAUCCAGAAGAAGAUGAACCAACAUUAGAAGCCUCCUGGCCCCAUAUACAGCUGGUGUAUGAAUUUUUCCUGAGAUUUUUAGAGAGUCCUGAUUUUCAGCCUAGCAUUGCAAAGCGUCAUAUUGACCAGAAGUUUGUACAGCAGCUGUUGGAGCUUUUUGAUAGUGAAGAUCCACGAGAGCGUGACUUCUUAAAAACUGUUCUUCAUCGAAUUUAUGGCAAGUUCCUUGGAUUAAGAGCAUUCAUCAGAAAACAAAUCAACAAUAUUUUUCUCAGGUUUAUAUAUGAAACAGAACAUUUCAAUGGUGUUGCUGAACUCCUUGAGAUACUAGGAAGUAUUAUCAAUGGGUUUGCAUUGCCCCUGAAAGCAGAGCACAAGCAGUUCCUUAUGAAGGUUCUUAUUCCUAUGCACACUGCAAAAGGAUUAGCUUUAUUUCAUGCACAGUUGGCCUAUUGUGUAGUUCAGUUCCUGGAGAAAGAUAUGACAUUAACGGAGCCGGUUAUCAGAGGAUUGCUUAAAUUUUGGCCAAAAACAUGCAGCCAGAAAGAGGUAAUGUUUUUAGGUGAAAUUGAAGAAAUCCUGGAUGUAAUAGAACCAACGCAAUUUAAAAAAAUACAGGAACCUCUCUUUAAGCAGAUAGCCAAGUGUGUGUCAAGUUCACAUUUUCAGGUUGCAGAAAGGGCUUUGUACUUCUGGAAUAAUGACUACAUUCUUGGUCUGAUUGAAGAGAACAUUGAUAAAAUUCUGCCAAUUAUGUUUGGUAGUUUAUACAAGAUUUCCAAAGAACAUUGGAAUCCGACCAUUGUAGCAUUAGUAUAUAACGUGCUGAAAACACUGAUGGAGUUGAAUGGAAAACUAUUUGAUGAACUCACAAGCUCUUACAAAGCAGAGAGACAAAGAGAGAAGAAGAAAGAGCUAGACCGUGAAGAACUAUGGAGGAAGCUGGAGGAACUAAAGCUAAAAAAAGCCCUGCCUGAGCAGGCUAGCACACCCACAAUAAAUACACAAUCUGAAGACGAAGUGCCAAGUGAAAAUGACUCCUUCACAGGAUCCACUUUUUUACAUAUGUAAAAUACAGAAGAGAAACCUCAUCAGUAUAUUUGAAAUGGCCUAUUUUUUUCCUCUGGCAAAAUGUAAAUGAAAGUUUUUCGACAGAAAUACAAUAAUUGAAUGUGACAUUUACACAGCAUAUUGUAAAGUUGUCUAAUCAGUGCUAUAUUAUUACUUUUGACUUUUCACAAAUGACUUUUAUCAUCCAUAAAAUGUGUGAUUUUAAUUAUGGGAGUGGUGAAAAUUGACUUGAAUUUUUUUCUUUUUUUAUUGUGUGUUGCACAUAGGUAUAGAAGUCAGCUAUUUACGUUUUCCCCUUACAUGCUUUUCACAUUACUGCAGGUUUGGCUGAGAUUUCUAGAAGAAACUUCUAGUUAUGCUGUAUUUUCUCAAAUGAAACUUAAGCUACAAUCUUACACAAAUUUGGGAGUAAGUCCUGUUGACCCAGUUGGUCUUUUUUUCUGAGUAAACACACAUAGGAUUGGGUUGCAGGGUAUAUUUUAUCUGAAUGAGAUACUUUUCUGUGCAUUGGCAUUAACACAGAUUUCAAAGUUGUUACUGCACCAAGCAUUCCAGAGAACAAAGCUUAUGGGGGUGAAGUAUGUGAGGGGGGAGGUUAAAUAGAGCACAAGUUAAAAAUGUGAUACCACACGUUGUGUACACUGACUGGAUAGGGAGGAAGCAGCUUCUCCGGAUGUCUUGCUGCCACUUGGUCAUCACAUCUCUGCCUUUAGUCAGGCAUUCAGGCAUUGUGAUUCUUGUUUUAUAACUGAGGAUGGCAUUUCCUUUUGAGCAUUUCACUAGAGCUCCUAAUGGCCCCAGAGUUCUUAAACACCACAGCAGUUCUGUUUUGAGCUGACUCUGCAAGGUAGAGGCUUCAGUUCCGCAGUUCUUAUGUAGAAAUGAAAUACCUGUCUGAGAAAUAAUUCCUUGUUUUGUUUAAUGAAAAUACAGUGCUCUUAUUUAAGUUGGGAAAAGCUGACUUCACCAAGUCUUUUGUCUGUUUUUAACCAAUCAGGUGGGGAUUUUUUCUGGGGGGGGGCAGAUCUUUCUAUCAGAGUACCAUUCCAAUCUCCUUAAAUUGCAAUUGUGUGGAAAACAGUUUUGUAUUGAGGGAAUGAGCAGCAUUCAAUAAAGUCUUUAUGUUUGUAA